GAUUUGUCAGUGUAUACAGAAUGGGAAUAAUUUUACGGCAUAAAAGGCUACUCUGGCUAACGACUCAAUGCACAAAUUUCCACUGCCUACAAUAUUCUACUGGAAUUUCAACUGCUGUAAAAAAUUAUGUACCUUUAAUUGGUUUGGAGAUACAUGCUCAGUUAGCGGUGAGAAGUAAAUUAUUCACCGCAACGCCUUACACGUUUGCAGCUCCUCCAAAUACCCAAUUAGGCUUGCAUGAUGUUGCAAUGCCUGGUAGUAUGCCAAUACUAAAUCGACAAUGUCUUGAAUUGGCACUGGUUGCUUCAAUUGGAUUAAAUUGUAAAAUCAAUUUGACGUCACGUUUUGACCGUAAGCAUUAUUUCUACGCAGAUCUACCCGCUGGUUAUCAGAUAACUCAAUAUUAUAAACCAAUAGCUGAAUGCGGAUAUUUACAGUAUAUUUGGUCACCGAAUUCAUGGGAGACUAAAUCGCCUCCUUUGUAUACAGAAAUUGUGCACAGUAUCAAUGGUCGAAGUUACUACCGUUCUCAAGCUCGUAUUAAACGGAUACAGAUUGAACAGGACUCUGGCAAGACUAUGCAGGAUGUCCAAGGUGAUUGUAGUUUAAUCGAUUUAAAUCGUUCAGAUGUUGGACUUAUUGAAAUAAUCACGGAACCGGAUUUUAAUUCAUCUGAUCAAACUGCUGCCUUCAUUACUGAUCUGUCACGAUUACUGAAACACUUAAAAUGUUGUAAUGCUAUUGGUGCAUUCGGAGAACUACGUGUUGAUGUCAAUGUAUCGAUUGGUGAAGAUGUAGCUAAUCAAAAUCCUCGAGUUGAAAUCAAAAAUUUGAAUAGUAUUCAUGAUGUGAUCAAUUCAAUAGACUAUGAAAUCAAACGUCAAACGGAGGUACUUAAAACUGGUGGUCAAAUUGUUCAUGAAACUAGAUCUUAUGAUUCUGUGAACAAUGUAACACUAAGAAUGCGAGUUAAAGAAUUGACACAGGAUUAUCGUUAUAUUCCAGAACCAAAUUUACCAGCUGUCAGACUAUUGUCAAGCUGUUCUCAUUGUUCUCCUAAUUCAUCUUCACAUGAUGUCGUCAGUCAACCAUCCUCACCAGGAUCUUCAUCCUCAGCAUCAAUCACCGCUUCUCCUUCUUCUACGCCAUCUUCUUCAAAGAAUAGAGUUUGUGUCCAGUGUAUAAAAGAAAAAUAUCAAUUACAAUCUGUUAAUUGGGAAGUAAAUUUACCUCAGUAUAAAAAACAAGAGUUAUUACUUGAACAUGCACUGUCUAUGGAUCGUACAAUUGUACUAAUUGAAAAUACUGAAUUAUAUACCUUGUAUAAAUCAACAUUAAAGUAUUUAUCCGAAAAUGUUAAUUUGAAUAGAGAAGAAGAGAAUUUUCACCGCUUAAUUUAUGCUAAAGAAUUAAGCUUUUGGAUUAGUGGACAUUUGCAUGGUUCAAUUAAAAAUAAAACAUUGAAACAUCUACCGAAAAUAGAAGAACUAGCUGAAUUUGUAUGCAUGAAUUUAACAGGACAAAUUUUUGGUCCACCAGCAGUUGAGUUAUUAAAUCUACUGAUUCAAGGUGAUGAAAGUAUUCAUCAUUCAGUCUUUGAAUUGGCUGCGAAAAAUGAUUUGCUUCUAAUCCGUGAUCGAGAUCAAAUGAAGGUACACUGUGAACAAGUGAUUGCAGAUCAUCCAAAAUUGGUGAAACGAUACUUGAAUGGGAAUAAGAAAGCUUUGAAGAAGCUUGUUCAACAUUUAAUCUCUAAUCCAAAAUAUACAAAUUCAAAUAAAUUUAAUCCUUCAAUUGUUGAAAAUAUACUGAAAGAACUUCUUGUUGCUGCAGCUGAGCCGUCUUCAUCGAUUAGUUGUGAUUCCUCAGUGUCAUCCUCCCCACAGGUCACUGUCAAGAAGGCUUAG